AUUUUUCAGAUUCAGAACCCUGAUAUCUCGAAUAAUGUUGUGAAUUUUUGUUAUGGUUAUGAAAAGAAUUAAAAUUUUCGUUCAAUAAAUUUCUUAAAUAAACACAAUGCCGCCGUCUGUUUAUUCGACUGAACAUAAAAUAUGGAUAGUUAAACAACUAUUGAGUGGACACAGUGCUAGAAAAGUGAGAGAUUUAUUUGCUGUUGAAUUUCCCGAAUCUCCAAUUCCAUCACUUCACACUGUACAAAUAUGCCUACAAAAAUUCAAUCAAUUUGGUUGUAUAAACAAUGACCAUAAACAUGCAUUACAUAAAAAACGUGAAAAAUAUCUCUUGACUGAAGAAGUACAAACAAAAAUUUGUGCAAGUGUUGAAGAAAAUCCAAAUAUUACAAGUCGUGAAAUUGCUGAGGAAAUGGGAGUUUCAAAAACGUCUGUUUUAAAAACUCUCAAGGACGCUGGAUAUCAUCAACGUCGAGAAAGUAUACAUUGUUCAGAUGGAAAAAGUAAAUUAUUUCGUGUUUGGGCGAGGGGAGAACCAUUUGAAAUGGUUACUGUUCAGUACGAUAAGGAAUAAGAUCAAAAACAAAUAAAAAAAAAUUUAACUUUUUAUAAAUUUAUGAAUUAAUCAAUAAUGCGUAAGUGAUGUAUAUGUUAAAUACAUAUAUAAAAAAUAUUGUAAAUAA